AGCGCAUGCGCAUUCGUCACAUCGCAGCACUUAGCAAAUUGCGUUCGGUCGGCCGGCCUCAUGCUAUCUCAAACGGGUCUCGAAUAAACGGCGUAUACGUAGGCAAAAUGAGUGUUGAAAAUCCAGCUUGCGAUAAUGAUUGUGAUACAGGAAAGGUAAAUGGUAAUAAAAGUGAACACGUGAAUGGUAUCCACAAUGGCUAUAACAGCUCAGAAAAGCACAAAAGUAGCCACAAAUCGUCAAGCAAGGAUAAACACAGAGAUAAAGAAAGAGACCACAAGAGCUCUUCAAAACACAGCAGUUCUAGCAGAGAUAAGGACAAGGAUAAAAGUUCUAGCAGCAAAAAUCAUAGCAGCUCUCACAAGUCCUCAAGCAAAGACAAAGAACGUGAUAGGGAGCACAAAGACCGUGACAAACAUAAAGAGAAGGACCGCUCAGAGAAGGAUAAAGAACGGAGUGAUAAAGAUAAGGACAGGCACAGGAGUGACAAGGACAAACAUAAAGACAAAGAGAGAAGCGACAAAGAAAAGCACAGAUCCAGUGAUGGAGAAAAAAAGUCCUCAUCAUCAAAAGACAAGGAACACAAAUCUAAGGACAGAGAUCAUGAUAAGGACCGUCACAGGAGUGAUAAGGACAAACGCCGCAGUGAAAAAGAUAGGCACUCCAGUUCUAAAGACAAACACAGUUCAAGCAGGCACAAAGAGAAAAGCAGCAGUGAAAAGCAAGAAAAAGUUAAAUCAGAGCCAGAUGAUAGUUCUUCCAUAAAACAGGAACCUAUGGAGGUAGAUCAAUUCAAAUCAGAUCAGGAAGUUAAAAGACACGAAAAAGUCAAAAAUGAAAUAGAAGAUGAUGGUUACAUAGGUGUGAAUACCACAGCAUCGUCUUACGACUUUUCAAUGUCACAGUUCAAAGAUGAUCCACUUGCAGAACUGCCACUAGAAGAUGAUAGUGCUUCUGGUGAAGAAGCUAGAGAAGAGGAAGAUAAACCUCUGUCUAGACGCAUAACCCCGAAAAAGAGAGCUGCUAGUGAAAGUGAAGAAGAUACACCUCUGCUUCAGCGUAAGAAAACAAAGAAAAAGGUCAAGAAAGAUGUUUUUGAUGAAGAAGAAGAGGAAGAAGAAGCCCCUAGAAAGAAAAAGAAGAAACCAGAAAAAAAUAAAGCUAUGAAAAGUAUCAAGACUGAACCACAUGAAAAUACCAGUCCCACAAAACGUAAGAAAAAAGGAGAGGAGGAAGAACAAGAAGUUUGGAAGUGGUGGGAAGAAUCGAAAAAGGAGGAUGGUACUAAAUGGCAUUACCUUGAACAUAAAGGACCACUUUUUGCUCCUCCAUAUGAAUUGUUACCUGAAAAUGUUAAGUUCCGCUAUGAUGGUAAAAUUAUGAAACUUUCCCAAGACACAGAAGAAGUAGCAGGAUUCUAUGCACGAAUGUUAGACCAUGACUACACCACCAAGUCGACAUUUAAUAGCAACUUUCUAACUGACUGGCGGAAAGUUAUGACACAUGAUGAAGCUAAGGUUAUUAAGGAUCUUGCAAAAUGUGAUUUUAAAGAGAUGCAACAAUAUUUUUUAAGUGUAUCAGAAAAAAAUAAGAAUCGUUCAAAAGAAGAGAAAGCUGCCCUUAAAGCAAAAAAUGAGGAAAUCCAAAAAGAGUAUGGUUUUUGCACGAUAGAUGGACACAAGGAGAAAAUUGGUAACUUUAGAAUAGAACCUCCAGGUCUAUUUAGAGGACGUGGAGAACAUCCUAAAAUGGGUAUGUUAAAAAAGCGUGUAAUGCCUGAAGAUGUACUAAUAAACUGCUCUAAAGAUAGUAAAAUACCUAAACCACCACCAGGUCACAAAUGGAGGGAAGUAAGGCAUGAUAAUACAGUUACCUGGUUGGCAUCUUGGACAGAAAAUGUUCAGGGACAAGCAAAAUAUGUCAUGUUGAACCCUAGCUCUAAAUUAAAGGGAGAAAAAGAUUGGCAGAAAUAUGAGACUGCAAGAAAACUGCAUAAAUGUAUUGAUAAAAUACGAGAUACAUACAGAGCAGACUGGAAAGCGAAAGAAAUGCGUAUACGGCAACGUGCUGUCGCUCUGUAUUUUAUCGAUCGUUUAGCCUUAAGAGCUGGUAAUGAAAAAGAUGAUGAUCAGGCUGACACUGUGGGCUGCUGUUCUCUGCGUGUAGAGCACAUAGAAUUGCACAAAGAAAAAGAUGGAAAAGAAUAUGUUGUUGUCUUUGACUUUUUGGGUAAAGAUUCUAUUAGAUAUUACAAUGAGGUGCCAGUGGAGAAACGUGUUUUUAAGAAUCUUGAACACUUUAUGGAAAAUAAAAAAGAUAGUGAUGAUCUCUUUGACCGAUUAACCACACAAACAUUGAAUGAACACUUAAAAGAAUUAAUGCCUGGAUUGACCGCUAAGGUCUUCCGUACGUAUAACGCUUCCAUAACGUUGCAAAGGCAAUUGGAUGAGCUUACUGAUCCAGAUGCCACGCUACCAGAAAAAAUCUUAGCCUACAACAGAGCAAAUCGUGCAGUAGCUAUACUUUGUAACCAUCAGCGUGCUGUACCAAAAGGUCACUCCAAAUCAAUGGAAGCUCUCAAGGAAAAAAUUCAAGUUAAACGUGAUCAAAUAGAUGAAGCUGAAUCAGACCUUCAUGAUGCAGCCAAAGCUGCUAAGAGAGGUUCAGUUAAAGAGAAGUUAGCUUGCGAUAAAAAGAAGAAAGCACUUGAGCGCCUCAAGGAACAGUUGAUGAAAUUGGAACUACAAGAAACAGAUCGUGAUGAAAACAAAACAAUCGCUCUUGGCACUUCCAAACUCAAUUAUCUUGAUCCACGUAUCUCAGUCUCCUGGUGUAAAAAGCAUGGUGUGCCCAUAGAAAAGAUUUACAAUAAAACACAGCGUGAUAAAUUUCGUUGGGCGAUCGAUAUGGCCGGACCCGACUACGUUUUCUAAGUUAAACUUUAGCAUUAGCUAUAUUCUUUAUACAUGUUUUAAAAUCUGCAGACGUUCCACAUUAUACAUACUACAUUAUAUAUUAGUUCAUUAUUUAUUGUUUUAUCAAGUUUUGACCUGCGUUUUCAAAUUAAUGGAUAAUUUUGAGGAAAUGAUAAAAUUAUAUGUGUUUUCUGUAUUAUGUUCCUUACACCUUUAGGAUCUAAAUUAGAAGUCUGAUUCUAAUUUAUUUUACUACUAUAUUUUUUGCUUAUGGUUUAGUAGCUAAGUUAGUGCUAUUUGAAACUAGUUUAAGAUUGUACAAAUUUUUGCAAUCGUUCAGUGUAUGGUAUUGUCACAUUUCAAUACAGAGAUGUGUAAAAAAUGUAAGAGAACCCAUUGUCUAGGGUUCGUUUCCACAGACGCGGCGACGAGCGGAGCGAAGCCAUGCAGUGCAAAGUGCAGACAAAUCAGAUGUAAAGCGCGGUAUAAUAAAAUUAUCACGCCAUAAAAUGAUAAUUUGAUUGUACCAUUUCUUCACGGUUUCUGUCUGCUAAGCUAAGCUACACGCCGCCUCAGUGGAAACUUACAAGCAGUAGCAUAACUGGAAACUUUUUUUUAUACAUGCUACUAACAUAUACAGAUUUUGUUAAUUUUAUGUUAAAGUGACAAAAUUCAAAAGUAGCAAUAUUGAGUUUCAAAUCGGAGUAUACAAAUUAAUAUUUGUAUAUAAAGGCAAGGAGCGAGGCUGUCAUUGCAUCUGUGCAUCAAUGGGGUAGUUGACUGGUAUAUAUUUCUUUCUCAUCCCAAGUAUAAAAUUAUACAUAUAUAAGAAGUUUACACAAAUAGUAAUAGUAUGCAUAAUGCCAUCGCAUCGGAUCGUUGGAUUGGUAUGAACUACAAGUAAACAGUCUGAUAUCAGCUACGCAAGGUGCGUGCGACGAAGAUACUACCACCUUCAGGUGGGGAAUCCACGUUUGCGAACCAAUAUGCUCCGCACAUCUGCAAAACUCCUGCUGUGGUUACAUGUCCAGCCAAGUUGACUAUCUGUAAUCGUUAGCGCUUUAGAAAACUUGGUUGGAUUUGGUUCUCAGACAAAGUUUCCAUUUUAGUUUCAGGAGCUAGAGUUUCGGGAACGAAAUUGUGGAUAUACCAAUACCAAUUUUGAUGUUUUCAAAUUAUUUCUUUAAAAAUACACAACAAUGUCGCCAAUCAAACAGGAAACUACUCUAUUGAAUAGUGAAGCAAUAGUAUGAGUUGCGAGUCGCGUUACAGGCUGCAACUGUAAUAGUGUAAAUUUAAAAUGUAUUUUUGUGCACAAUGUGCAAUAGCUAAUGUUGUAAAUUAAGAUACGAAGUUAUUUUAUUUUUAUAACUAUAGGACCGAAAAUCGUGGCAAUUACAAAACAGACCGUGUUACGGAGGUACAAUAUAGGUAAAAUUUGUAAUAUUACAGUGAUGUGUGAGUCUUGUAAAUAGUAAAUUUUUACCAUGUCAUACAAAUUGUGAAAUGAGAUUAUCCAAAUAAAAAAAAAACAAUGACACUAGA